UCGGGUAUUGUAAUCACUAAUUUUUCAAUAUUCCAUUAUAAUUAAAUAUUUAAAUUUUAAAUGCUUUUAAAUUUAAUUACAAUCAAGUUGUGUUCUCGUGUUGCAUAGUUCAAUAUUAAAUUACUCUGAAGUUUCGGCACCAUUUUUGUUCUAUUCAAUGUUAUCAACACAACAGUCAUGUUUUAGUUACUACAAUAUAUUUUGUUCAGUUAUAUUUAAACAUUUUACUUAUGACUAAUUUAUUUGAAUAACUUUUUUUGUGUUAUGUUAUCACACUGGCAUACUGCUAACUGUAUAAUAGUCUUAUAUUUUUGAUGUAAUUUAUGUGCUAAUUAAAAAAAUUUUCCAAAAUAAGAAUUUUAUAUUUUCUUCACAUAUCUAUACAUCUGAAGAUAAACAUGAUGUCAUUAAAUUCAUCUGCUAAGCGAUUAUAUUUGUCUCUGAGUAAUGUUGCAAAUUAUUCUUCGAGUAAAAAAUACUAUGAUAUUGUUAUAGCUGGUGGCGGCAUGGUGGGCUGUGCAAUGGCCUGUAAAUUGGCUAAAGAACCUGCGUUACGUGGUAUGUCUAUCCUUCUAUUAGAAGGAGGUCCAAAUCGUAAACAAUAUGAUUUGCAUGCAAAGAAAAAUACACUUGAUAAUUCUUACAGUAAUAGAGUCUCAGCUGUGAACAAAUCGAGUGUACAACUUUUACAAUCAAUUGGAGCAUGGCAAACUAUUAGCGAUUUAGGACUUUGUAAUGCAGUCAAAGAAAUGCGAAUUUGGAACUCUGGUGGAGGUAGAAGUGGUGGUGUUAAUAACAUAUUAACAUUUAAUAAUGAUGAUGAUUUAGCAUAUAUUGUUGAAAACGAUACUAUUCUCGGAGCAUUGUAUGAACAAAUUAAGGAAGAACAAAAUAUUACUGUAAAUUACGAUUCUCGGGUUAAUCAAUGUAUUUUGCCAGAUUCUCCUAAAGAUUUGGUUACUGUUAAAGUGGCUAAUGGAGAGACUUUCUUUGAAACUAGUCUCUUAAUUGGCUCAGAUGGAUAUGGUUCUAAAGUACGUUCUGCCAUUAAUGGUCAGCAAUUUAUUAGUUGGGAAUACGGUCAACGUGCAGUUGUAGCAACUUUACAUAUACAGUCUAAUGAAGAUGAUAUUUAUAAAGGACAUGUUGCUUGGCAAAAGUUUGCUCAGUUAGGUCCAUUGGCAGUGUUACCUUUGGAUAAUAAAACAUGUUCGCUUGUAUGGACAACAAGUUAUGAAGAAGCAAAUCGAUUAGCAAAAUUGAAUGACAAUGAAUUUAUUGAUUCUUUAAAUUAUGGUUUAUCGGAAGAAAAAGAAUCUAACAAUAGUAGUUUACUAUUAGCAGAUGAUGCUGCUCGUAUAGUGUCUAAAGUACUCAAUAAGUGUUAUCAAUCAAAUGAUGAGAAUAAUCAAAACAGAAAAAUAAAAUUUACUCCACCAGUUAUCAUUGAUUUAAUAAAAGAUAGUAGAGCAUCUUUCCCAUUAGGCUUUGGACAUGCAUGUCGAUAUGUUGGUCAGCGUGUUGCUUUAGUUGGAGAUGCUGCACAUAGAAUACAUCCAUUGGCUGGCCAAGGUGUUAAUUUAGGUUUUAAUGAUGUUAUUGAAUUAAGCAAUCAACUUAACCAAUCAGUAUUAACAGGAGCUGAUAUUGGAGAUCUAAAUGCACUUUUAAAUUAUGAAACUGCUGCACAGCGUCAUAAUGUACCAAUUAUGUUAGGCGUUGAUGGCAUUCAAAAAAUGUAUGGUAGCCAUAAUAAUGUGGUACCGCUUGCUAUUACAACAUUAAUACGUAACGUGGGACUUUCAGUUUGUCAUUCUGCUUCCAUAAUAAAAAAACUGUUGAGUGACAAAGCAUCUGGACUACCUGUAUAAUUUAAGUUUCAAUGUAUCCAAAUAAAUGGGUUAAUUGCAUGUUUAGUUGUUGAGCUGUGUUAAUUAAGAUAUUAAGGCUAUUAAAAAAAAAAAAAAAUUAUGUUAAUUAAAUAUUAUGUGUUAAAAAUUAAAAUUAAUUAAUUUGGUUAAAUUAUGUAAUAGUGUA